ACCACCACUCCACCGACUAAAGCAAGGCUCUCUUAUGCAGGCUCAAAGCAACAUCCCAACGUCCCUAGAGGGCUCAUCGGUCAUAAGUGCACUGCUAACCUCACCAUCUCCGGUGAUGAGUGACCAGGCUUCGCUGGAAGAGCAUCAGAGGAUAAAGCAGUUCACCUCCCACCACUUGUUUUCAGCUACUGAGACCAACUUACCUGCUGAUGUGAUCACCGCUGCCUGUCACAAACACCUCCUCUGCAAUACUGAGCCAGACUCACCCGUGACGCUGGUCGAAUCCCUCGCACUCCAUCCUGAGGCGGUGCCAGAUGCCUUUGAAGAGGACGACUGCCUUGAAGGACAUGCCACCGUUCCCAGGUUUUCAGAGGAAGAGCUUGGGCGACACCAGAGGGCUGAUCCUGCCAUAGGCCAAGUCAUCACCCUGCUUGAGUUAGGAGAACAGGUCACACCCCAGCUCAUGGCUGCUUCUCCAGAGCUCAAGUUGAUGGCGAAGGAGUGGAACCGCCUGGAACUCAAGAAUGGCAUCCUGUACAGGAACCGGCAGUGUGACUCCCGCCCAGUCUGUCAGCUCGUGCUACCUCAUGAGUUGAGAUCAGCUGUACUCAAGAGUCUGCACGAUGACAUGGGGCAUCUUGGUAUCGACCGCACUCUUGACCUGGUCAGAUCUCGCUUCUAUUGGCCCUUGUCAACAUCCAGACCACUAGACCAAUGGAGUUGGUCUGUAUGGAUUUUCUGUCCCUGGAACCUGACCGCAACACCAAAGACAUCCUGGUGAUCACCGACCACUACACCAAGUACGCAGUUGCAAUUCCAACCAAAGAUCAGAAAGCCUGCACUGUGGCACGGUGUCUGUGGGAGCAAUUCUUUGUCCACUAUGGAUUCCCUGAGAGACUCCACAGUGACCAGGGCCGAGACUUUGAGUCUCACACCAUUAAGGAGCUCUGUGCCAUCACUGGGAUCAGGAAGGUUAGGACAAGUCCUUACCACCCACGUGGAAACCCAGUUGAGCGGUACAACCGCACCCUCCUGAGUAUGCUGGGAACAUUGAAAGACAAGGAGAAGAGCAGAUGGCGUGAUUUUGUGAAACCCCUCACUCACGCCUACAACUGCACUAAGAACGAAGUCACCGGUUUCUCCCCUUAUGAGCUCAUGUUCGGCAGACGCCCCCGCCUUCCGAUUGACAUCGCGUUCGGACUGCCAGUUAGAGGUGUCCAAUCUACCUCCCACUCUCAAUACGUGACAAAGCUCAAGUCUCACCUCAAAGAGAGUUACGAACUGGCCAUGAAGAAUGCAGAGAAGGUUGCUGUCAGAAACAAAAGACGCUUUGACAAGUCUG